AAUUGGCCAGAGCGAGUAGCGCGCCGGACCUGUGUGGCUCUCCAGUCACAUAGUGAGGGUGAACCAGGUCUCAGUACUUCCCCGGGAUUCCUCCUGGCCCCAGAAAGCCCUGGUUGGGUCCCUGUGACCACAGGCCCGAGGCUGGCGACGGCUACUCCUUGCGUUCGGCUUCCAUCCCGAUGGAAGAGCUUUCCGGGAAGCCCCUCAGCUGUGCGGAGAAGGAAAAGUUGAAGGAAAAGCUAGCAUUUUUGAAAAAGGAAUACAGCAAGACACUUGCUCGCCUUCAGCGUGCCAAAAGAGCUGAGAAGGUUAAGAACUCUAAGAAAGCAAUAGAAGAUUGUGUGCCCCAGCAGGAAAUCUCCCCACAGCUAAGCCACUCGGAACCUAUAAAUAAAGGCUUUCCUUGUGACAAGUUACAAAGCAACCAUCUUGAUGAGGAGACUGGAGAAAACAUCUCCCAGAUACUUGAUGUUGAAACUCAGUCCUUUAACUGUGAAAAUGGCCAAGAAGUAUUACAUACACCAGGAGCAGGUGACAUCCAAGGACAAUUUUUGCAUAGCACCAGUAGCCCUGAUGGUAAGAGAGGGCAGAAUACACUUCCAGGAACAACAAAGAAGCUGCGGACGAAAUCAUCUGUUUCCCAGGAGAAGGAAGAUUUCUUUGACACUAAUUCUCUUGUGCUCCCUGGCAAGCACCGAAAAAGAGAGGAAACGGAUAGUAGCAAGAAUCCUAGGGCCCCAGUAAGUGAAAAGACUCACCUUUUAAGUCUGAAGUCUCAAACUCCUGACACUCCAGCCCUUGUUACAGGAAUUGGAGAGGGUAUAUUAAUCCCACCAUCUGGCAAAUCAGAAAGGGGUAUUGAUACACCUGUAAGAGGAAACAAUAUCUCUAUGGAGACUGUAGUUCCUUCAGGUACUGUGUCAGACAACAAUCAUAGUCAGCACCUUGAACGUACACCUCCUAACAGUGGCUGCAAAAUUACUACUCAGGCUCUGGCUUCAUCCAUAAACCUGGUGGCACAAGACGAAAAAAUGACUCUAUUUACAGAUAACCCAGUAGUGUAUAAAGCUGUGAGUGCCAGUGGUCAGCUGCCAGGAAGUCCUAAUUCAUGUUCUGUAAGUGAUCUCACUCAUAGUAACUUGGCAGCAGAUACUACCCAAAACUCUAAGUCUUUAAAAUCUCCUGGGAACAUUGUUGAUGGGAAAAAUGAGAAUCUUCAGGAAGAUGAAAUUCUUGGCCCAUCUAAGAACCUCAGCCCAGCAGCAGUCUCUCCUCCUUCCACAGAAAGUCAAAAACAUUCUUGUACAAUGCUUGAAGGCCUUCUGUUUCCUGCAGAAUACUAUGUUAGAACAACCCGUCGUAUGUCAGAUUGUCAGAGGAAAAUAGCUCUGGAAGCUGUAAUUCAAAGUCAUUUGGGUGUCAAGAAGCUUAAAAAGAAAAACAAAGCAACUAAGGACACAGUCCUCUGUAGUGAAGAGAUGGACCACAGUGAAAGUGGCAUGUUGGACACGAGCAGAGGACAGUCGAGUUCAGGAAGCCUCUCUCAGAAACUUCUCUCACCAGCUGAGGUCAGCUCUCCUUCAGGACUUGCUGACAACUCAUCUAGGAAGGCCACUACAUGGCCACAUGGUAGAGGACGCAGAGGGAGACAAAAAUCAGUCCACACCUCCACACCGGAUCACUGUCAGCUGCUUUUCCCUCCUUGUGCCGCACUGGCUGUUAACAGGUCCAAGGGCAAAGUCACCAAGCAUAAGUGUCAGAACAGAGAAGUGGUUAUUCAUGACUUUGAAUUACCUGAUGAAGACUUUGGGCUUCUUAAACUUGAAAAACUGAAGUCUUACUCAGGAAAACUGAUUGAGUCUCCUGACUCAAAAAACUGUGGUGAGAGGCUUCCUAGAGAAGGAAACCAUGCUGCUCUGGAGGAACCGCAAAUAGAUUCGGAAACUGAGUGCCUAGAAGAGGAGCUCGCUGUUCCGCCAGGAGAAGCAUGCCACCCAGGGCCAACCCUGAGAAGGCAGCCCAGGAGCAAGGGCCUUUCGUCAUCCAUAGUGCUUUUCACUCCUACAGACACUGCUGUGCCUAAUGACAGUGGCAGGCCUCCUGCCUCCCUGUGUUCACCUGCUUUCCCUGUCUUAGGCAUGACUCCAGCUUUUGACUCCCAAGCAACUGGUGAGAUUACAUCUUCUGAAGCUGGACAGCCUUGUUCUGCAUACCAGCCUUCUCUCGUGGGAGAUACAAACAGUCUUGUUAAUAACAAUAAACAGUGCAAAAGUUCAGCCUGCUCACCAAAACUGGAUACCAACGUGCAAGUGUCAGGUAGGCAAGGACAACCUGCCGGUGACAGUGACUCUGGCCCCCAAGCAACAUCUCUACCUAUUGAGUCAUUCACUUUCAGAGAAAAUCAGCUUUGUGGAAAUGCAUGCCUCGAGUUACAUGAACAUUCCACUGAACAGACUGAAAUUGCAGAUCUCCCUGCUUGUGAGAGUUUAAACCCAGGCAACCUACAGUUGAUCUCAGAGUUAAAGAAUCCUUCCAGUUCCUGCUCUGUGGAUGUGAGCGCCGUGUGGUGGGAAAGAGCUGGUACUAAGGAGCCAUGUAUCAUAGCUGCCUGUGAAGAUGUAGUUUCUCUUUGGAAACCCUUGAAUUCUGUGCAGUGGGAGAAAGUUCAUACCUGGCACUUCACAGAGGUUCCAGUAUUACAAAUAGUUCCAGUGCCUGAUGUUUACAAUCUUGUAUGUGUAGCUUUGGGAAGUUUGGAAAUCAGAGAAAUCAGGGCCUUGCUGUGUCCCUCUGAUAAUGAAAGUGAAAAGCAAGUCCUCCUGAAAUCUGGAGAUAUAAAAGCUGUGCUUGGGGUGACAAAGAGGAGACUAGUUAGUAGCACUGGGACCUUUUGCAAUCAACAAAUACAAAUCAUGACAUUUGCUGAAGACGGAAGCAGCAAAGAUGAACAGCUUUUGAUGCCUCCUGAUGAGACUAUACUGACUUUUGCUGAAGUCCAAGGGACGCAGGAAGCCCUGCUUGGUACUACCACUAUGAACAGCAUUGUGAUCUGGAAUUUAAAAACUGGCCAACUCCUGAAAAAGAUGCACAUUGAUGACGCUUACCAAGCUGCCAUGUGUCACAGAGCCUAUUCUGAGAUGGGGCUCCUGUUUGUUGUUCUGAGUCAUCCUUGUGCCAGAGAGAGUCAGGCCUUUGGAAGCCCGGUGUUUCAGCUGCUGGUGAUUAACCCUAAGACAGCUCAGAGUGUGGGCGUUCUGCUGUGCUCCCUUCCUCAGGGGCAGGCUGGAAGGUUCCUGGAAGGGGAUGUGAAAGAUCACGUCGCAGCAGCAAUCCUGACUUCUGGGACAAUUGCCAUUUGGGAUUUGCUUCUGGGCCACUGCACGGCCCUCCUCCCACCUGUCUCUGACCAGAGUUGGUCUUUGGUUAAAUGGUCAGGUACAGAUUCUCAUUUGCUAGCUGGACAAAAGGAUGGAAAUAUAUUUAUAUAUCGCUACUUGUAAGAGGCAAAUACUUUGGUUUUGUUUUUUCAAAGAAUACAAUAUCUGAAUGACGUAAUUACUUGAAUGUGUUUCCCACAAACUUAAUUUUAUUCUGAUGGUGAUACUACACACUGAACAUUUGUUUAUACUUACUUUCAGGUUAAUGGUUUUAAGUCAUUCUUUGCACCUUUGCUAUUACAGCUGUACAUAAGCAGUAAAUGUUAAUAAAUAUUUAUUUUGAUACA